GACGCGGAAGCCGCCCGUCUCCUCCUGCUUUCCCUUGUCAAAGCUUUCCCGACUAGUGAAAUUGACACGCAAACAGUCCCGCCGCGCAAGUUGACGCUGCAAUUCCUCGCCCCGAACAAUUCGUCUUCGCUGUCGCGUGCAGAAUCCACCUCAAUACUCAAAACCACGCGCGCUCCCACUAUCCCGGUUCCUGCCCGACCGCCCGUCUGUACUUGUGCCCCUGAUACAAACGCGCUUCUCGUAGCCGGAGCUCCUUCCAGCCCGAGACCGUCCAAGGGCCGUGGAACAAUCGCACUAUCGCCGAGUGCCGCGACUCAAGAACAUUACAGGGCGAUACGAGACAGCGCGAGGCAUUGUAGGCGCUUCGGAGUGUUUGUCGGGGCACAAUGAGCACACUGCGAGAUCGAGAUGUUGCACAGAAGCUGGCCUCACCAAAACGCGAUCAAGACAGAUCUGACAGUCGCCUGCGCCCUCCGAAGAAGAUGACGCCCCAAACAGGCUUCUUACAACGACGCAUACAGCUCAAAGGGGGAUCGUCGUUUUCAGUGCCGCUUGGCAUAGUCCUGCUGUUCCCAGUCCUGGUGGUGAUAUUGAUACUACUUCUCUUCGCACAGUCUCCUGAUAUCGACAGUGUCAACACAAUGCCUGGCGCAGGGACGCCUCCGUCAAUACGGAAGAUAAGCGACAAAUACGACAAACCAUUCGCAAUAGGCUGCCUCGAACCCCAAAUUAACGCACCGCGCGCGAACGCUGCAUUCGUUGUGCUGGCGAGAAACCAAGACUUGGAAGGCGUAAUACAAUCGGUCAAGUCCAUUGAGCGGCAUUUCAAUCGUUGGUUCCACUAUCCAUACGUCUUUUUGAACGAUGGGGACUUCAACGAGACAUUCAGAGAGGCCGUAGAGAAGCACGCCAGUGCGAAAGUAGAGUGGGGCAAGAUCAGUCCCGAGAUGUGGGGGUUCCCAGACUGGGUCGAUGCUGCGGUCGCGAAGGAGGGUAUUCAGAAGCAAGGUGACGCUGCCGUCAUGUAUGGCGGAGAGGAGAGCUAUCACAAAAUGUGCCGUUUCUACUCAGGUUUCUUCUAUAAGCACGAGCUGCUUCAAAAGUACGAAUGGUACUGGCGGUUGGAGCCAGAGAUCAAGUACUUCUGCGACAUUACCUACGACCCGUUCCAGCACAUGAUCCGGAACAACAAGACGUACGGUUUCACCAUUGCUAUAAAAGAGCUGAGAGAGACAGUACCCAACCUUUUCCGAUACGCUUCCGCCUACAGGAGGAAACACAAUCUCAAAUCGCGAGGCCUGUGGGAAAUGUUUGUAGAAAAGCCGGAGGAGCGAAAGGAGAGGGUGCUCAAAGAGAAGGAGGAUGCAAAGAAAGAUAAGAACCAAAAGCCCCUGCCACGGGAGGUCCUUGCUGCAGAGCUUGAUUACAAUACACUCCCAGAUAUCGAACCCGAAGCAAUGGAAGGCGAAACGUAUAACAUGUGCCACUUCUGGAGCAACUUUGAGAUUGCUCGAUUGGACUUCUUCCGCAGCAAGGAAUACAACGACUUCUUUGAGAUGAUAGACCGCAGCGGUGGCUUCUGGAACGAGCGAUGGGGAGACGCACCAAUCCAUUCGCUGGCCGCUGGAGCAUUACUUGGCCCGAAAGACCUCCACUACUUCCGAGACUUUGGUUACAGGCACACCACAAUCCAGCAUUGUCCGGCGAACGCACCAGCCCGGCAGCUACCCAGAACGCCGUAUCUCGAGAAAACGACGAUGGACGAGAAGGCUCGGCGCGAAGAAGACGAGUAUUGGGCACACUACGAUCCGGUGAGGGAGAACGGCGUCGGUUGCCGGUGUCGCUGCGACACAGAUAUCAUCGACGUAGAGGGCAAACAAGGCUCGUGUCUUGCAGAGUGGGUCGAGGUGGCUGGCGGGUGGGCAACACCGCCCGGAUCAGUCUGAUACGUUUUCAUGAGGGAUGAUACCAUAGAGGAUGCAGCGCUGCUGCUAUGAGGUGCAACGGGGUUUCCGGAAGGUCUGCUUUGGGAGGAGAUCAUGUCUAAAUGAGCCAUGAGG